UUAGGGUGGAUUGUUGGUUGAAUCGUAAGGAUCAACGAAUACAGCUGUCAAAAAAUUUGCAAGUAUUUAAGUUCAUUUUGUCUGUCACUGUAAUAAUUAUUAUUACAAUAAUACACCGGUAAAAAUGACGAAACCUUUUAAGUUGAGUUCUGUGUUGUUCGGGCAUUCAUCCGAUGUUCGUUCCGUCUUCGCAGGACCUGACAACAGUUUAAUCAGCGGUUCCAGGGAUAAAACUGCCAAGUUCUGGCAAUACAAUGGAUCUGAAACGGGAUACACUAAUACCAUAACCUUCAAGAACCAGAGGAACUUUGUUGCCUCUGUUAUCUAUUUAAAACCAACUUCGGAGUAUCCUGAUGGAUUGGUCAUCUCUGGUGGAAAUGACAAUUCGAUUUUAAUUUAUAAAGCAAAUCAGCCCACUGCUAUAUUCCAAUUAAAAGAACACACAGAUGCAGUAUGCAACCUCUCAGUUGGUCCAGAUCCUGGCACUUUUUUCAGUGGCUCCUGGGAUGCGACAGCAAAAUUAUGGAGUUUGGCAGAAAAACCUGGGUGUGUAGCCACUUAUGAUUUGCAUCAGGCUGCAGUAUGGUCAAUCAUAUCAUUAUCAAAUGGCAAUGUUGCUUCUGGAUCUGCUGAUAGGACAAUUAUGAUAUGGACUAGAAGUGGUGAAAAAAUUAAACAAAUCAAGGGGCAUACAGAUUGUGUCAGAGGUUUGGUAGACUUUCCAGAACACAAGUACUUUUUGUCUGCAUCAAAUGACGCUACAAUUAGGACAUGGAACUAUUCUGGGGAAAAUUUGAAUACACUCUAUGGUCACACCAAUUAUAUUUACAGCAUUUCGAGAAAUCUUGCUGUCGGCACCGACUGUUUCGUUACGAGCGAUGAGGAUUACACUGUUAGAUUUUGGUAUGAUGGUCGUAAUACACAAAGUAUCAAAUUGCCGGCUCGAAGUGUUUGGAGCGUUACUUGCCUGACUAACGGAGAUAUUGCGGCUGGAGCGAGCGAUGGAAUCAUAAGGAUUUUCACGCAAGAUGAAACACGUGUAGCGGGACCAGAAGUUUUGAAGCAGUUCGAAGAUUUGUUGGCUGAAGUGCAGAAGCAGAACCAGGAUGAGAUUGGAGGUUACAAAGUGUCCGAUUUGUGUGGUCCGGAGGCCCUGUUCAACCCUGGAAAGACUCCGGGAGAGAUAAAGAUGAUCAGGGAGGGUGGAUACGUCGUCGCGUACAAUUGGGUGGAAAACGGAGAUGCUAGUCACUGGGAGAAGGUGGGAGAGGUGCUCGGAGCUAACGAUAAGGGCAAUGCGGGAAAGACGAUGUUCGAAGGUAAAGAAUACGAUUACGUGUUUAGCGUGGACGUGGAGGAUGGAAAGCCGCCGUUAAAAUUGCCAUUCAAUAAAGGCGAAGACGUCUACGUAGCUGCCCAGAAGUUCCUUUCUGCUAAUAUGCUACCUGCUGAAUACUUGGAACAAGUCGUCGAGUUUAUUUUAAAGAACAGCAACGAAUCAGCUCCAAUGGCUCUGGACAAUCACUAUGUAGAUCCAUUCACUGGCGCCUCCAGGUAUACACCUACUUCAGCGUAUGUUCCAAACGCUGAUAACAUCGGAGGUGUAAACUAUGAUCCUCUGACAGGAGGCAGCAGUUACACUACUUCCACGGAUCAGUCAUCUAGCGCAAUUCCACCUCUGCGUGUAGUAAACGAUGGAGUCAACAUGGAUCCUAUAACAGGCGGCAGUAGCUACUCCACAUCCGGCCGACAAAGUGAAGAUUUCUACUUCCCGCAGUCGUCUUAUAUACGGUUUGAUAUGGGCGACCCUCAAGUCAUUUUGAACAAGCUCAAGGAAUUCAAUCAGACUAUCGAUGAACCAAACUUGCGUCCUGUCGAGGAGGAAAUUAUCUUGAAAAUUGGAGACCUCUGCAACCAACCCACUGACGAAGAAAACGUAUACAAAAAGUUAUUUGAAUUACUGUUUUGGCCUGAUGAUAAAGUUUUUCCUGUCAUCGACGUGAUCAGAUUGGCGAUAAGGGAUAAGAAGAACAACAACAUAAUAAGCCAAAUGGAUAACGGAGUAAUUCUCGAUAAAUUGAAAAUGUGCAUUGGCGAAGGUUCUCAUGUCGCCAAUAAUAGAAUCGUGGCGUACAGAGCGCUCUGCAACCUGUUUCAACAUCGGAGCGGAGAGCAAUUGGUUUUCAUUCAUAGGGUUGAAUUACUGAAAAUGAUAUUCACGGUCCACACUAGCAACAAGAAUGUCCAAGUUGGUUUGGCGACGUUCAUUCUCAAUUUGAUUAUAAUGGUGAUAAAAAGGCAGGACGAAUUUGGUAUGCUCGAAAUUGCGGACAAAUUACCUGAUACAUUAGUGAUCUUGAGUGAUCCAGAGGCUCAGUUCAGGGCGUUCGUUGGCAUGGGAACGUUGAUUUCUUGCGAGAACAAGGCGCUCAAUAAAGAAGUUAAACGCAUAAUUCAAGGGAAAACCCAAUUCUGCAAGACGAUCCGCGAUAUAAUCAGCGUUCAGGGAAACUCGGAAGUGGAAAUAAAGAGAAACAAAUGCGCUUCUCAGGUGGAUAAAGAAUUGCUACUUUAAGUUACAAUACUAAUAUGUUCAAAUUAAGCUUAAAUAUGAAUCGGUAAAGUUUUA